AUUUGGGACACCAUGAUAGCUGUGCCCGAGGGGCAUUCAAUAAUUUUCUCGGUCCUUGUGUCCCUCUAUCACAAAACUGUGUAAAUAAGCUCACUCGACCAAAGCUUUCACUCCCACUAAACAAUCAUAGCAAAAUGGCCACCACACACCAGACUCAUCUCUUGCUAUCCCCACUCUUCCUCCUCCUCCUUCUUCUCAGCCCUCUCCGCCGCAUCUCCGCCAUCGGAAUAAACUACGGAACCCUCGGAAACAACCUCCCUCCGCCGAAGCGAGUGGCGCAGCUUCUCCAGUCCACCCUCAUCGACAAGGUCAAAAUCUACGACACCAACCCCGACAUCCUCCAGGCCUUUUCCAACACCGGCAUCGACCUCAUCGUCGCCGUCGAGAACUCCCGCGUCUCCAACCUCUCCUCCUCUCCUUCCGCCGCCGACCAGUGGUUCUCCGCCCGCGUCCUCCCCUUCAUCCCGGCCACCUCCGUCAUCGCCAUUGCCGUUGGCAACGAGUACUUAACCGCCGACGACGAAGAUAACAACAGCCACCUCGACGCGAAAAGCCUAAUCCAAGCCAUGCAGAACCUCCACGCGGUUCUGGUGGCGCGCGGACUGGACCGUAAAAUCAAGGUCACAACCCCGCAUAGCAUGGCUGUUCUAGCUUCUUCGUUUCCACCUUCCUCUUCUACAUUUGCACUAAAUUUCAUCCCGAUUAUGACCUCCAUCGUCGGGUUUUUAUCCGACACAGCCGCGCCUUUCAUGGUCAAUGCCUACCCCUUCUUUGCAUUCCGUAACAACCCUAACUCCGUCAAUUUACAGUACGCGUUGCUGGGAAAUUCAACGGGAGUCCGUGACCCAAAAGGUUAUGUUUACACCAACAUGCUGGAUGCACAAAUCGACGCUGUUCGAUCGGCCAUAAACGCCCUAGGUUUCGGGAAUAAGAUGGUGGAAAUCACCGUAUCCGAAUCAGGAUGGCCGUCGAAGGGUGACGCCGGCGAAUCCGCCGCCACGCCGGAAAACGCAAAGACCUACAACACCCGGCUAAUCCAACGUGCUCAGUCCAACAAGGGGACUCCGAUGAGGCCCAAGGACAAGGUAGACAUCUUCGUGUUCGCGCUGUUCAACGAGAACAAGAAGAAAGGGGGAGCCAGCGAGAGAAACUUCGGGAUAUUCAACGGGGACGGGUCGAAGGUGUACGACGUGGAUUUGAGCUGCGAGUUCUGCAGCGGCGGCGGGAAACUGGAGUUCGGCGAGAAAGUGGCGGGCGUGGCGAGGGGGCCGUCGGUAUGGUGCGUGGCGAAGCCACAUGCGGAGGAGAAGGUGGUGCAGCAGGUGCUGGAUUUCUGCUGCGGGCCUGGGGGAGUGGAUUGCAGGGAGAUUUACGAGAGCGGGGAUUGUUUUGGGCCUGACAAGGUUCAUGCGCAUGCAUCGUACGCUAUGAACUCUUAUUAUCAGAUGCAUGGGAGGAAUUAUUGGAACUGUGAUUUCAAGGGCACUGGCCUUGUUACUUUUAGUGAUCCAAGUUAUGGAACAUGCCGGUAUUCUGGUCAGUGACAAAUCGAGCAGUGAGAAGAUCAAGCAGAGAGAGAUGUUCAAUGCGGUUGACACCUCUUUUGUAUUGUCUUGUUUGUACUUUUUGUGUUAUUUUAUUUUAUUUGUUGGCAAUUUACGAGGCCCAAUUUCGUUAUCCUACUAGAAAGAAAUUAUUGGGAGAUCGAAGAAUUACAGUAAAGGUUCUGUAAAGGAUUUUGAAUGUUUGGUUGGUUUACCCAGAAAAUCGGCCCAAAAAGUCUAACAACACGACUUUAUAAUACAAUUUCAAACAUAAUUGUGCCCGGAAUCGUUAAUU